AAAAAAAAAAAAACCUCAGCUGAGCUCCCUAAUCUUUCAAGAACUCCUCCAUUGCUGAGUUUCUGUUCUAUCUUUUUGUCUUGGUUUCGGUUUUCUUCGCAUUUGAGGUGUUUUCUUUUCGGUUUGUUGAAAAUUCUGAGAUUUGCGUUUUUUUUUCUUCUGUAUUUUUGUGUCAUUUAUUGUUUUAAGAAUUAAUGGAACAAAGUGAAGCGAUUUCCGAUUUUGCGCCAAAGAAAUUGGCGCGGCAGUUGGAUUUUACAGCGAUUUGUAGAGCAUCAGCUAAUGUGAUCUUAACGGAGCAUUCAAAAAUGCAGCAGCCACCACCGCCAUCGCAGUCGCAGCCACAUUUGAAGUUACAGCCACAUGCACAGCAGCCGCCAUCAAACCCGGUGCAAUCUCAAUUACAGUCACAGCCGCAGCCUAUAUUGCAUUUACAGCUACAAACGCCACCGAAACAGCCACCGGUAAUGCCGCAAUUGCAAGCCCGGCCACAUCAAACACCGGCGGUGCGUCGGAUACCUCAUCUCGUGCAGAAAAUUCCUCUGUCGACAAUGCCUGCGCCGAAGCAAGAGUCUCCUGGAGCACGGCCAAGAAAUAAUGUUGAAGCAAAAGAAGGUACUCCUAAGAAAGCAAAGCAAUGUAAUUGCAAAAAUUCGAGAUGCUUGAAGUUGUAUUGCGAGUGCUUUGCUGCUGGGAUUCAUUGUAACGGUUGCAAUUGCAUAAAUUGUUAUAACAAUGUGGAAAAUGAGGCUGCUAGGCAAGAGGCCGUUGGAGCUACCUUAGAACGCAACCCAAAUGCUUUUAGACCUAAGAUUGCAAGCAGCCCACAUGGAUACAAUCCAAGGGAAGAUGCAAGUGAAGCUCAAAUAGUUGGGAAGCACAAUAAAGGAUGUCACUGCAAGAAAUCAGGGUGCCUCAAGAAGUACUGUGAGUGCUUCCAGGCCAAUAUUUUGUGCUCCGAAAAUUGUAAAUGCAUGGAUUGCAAGAAUUUUGAAGGAAGUGAAGAAAGAAGGGCUCUCUUUCACGGCAAUCAUAAUGGCAUAACCUGCAUGCAACAAGCAGCAAAUGCGGCCGUUAGUGGGGCCAUUGGAUCAUCUGGCUAUGAGACCCCUUUGGCAUCCAAGAAGAGAAAAAAUGAGGAAAUCUUAGGCAGUGUAACUAAAGAUAAAUCUGCAAAAUUCCAACAGGAAAAUCAUCUGAGGAAUUCUGCAUCUUCUUUUUCUCCCUCAUCUGCCCCUAUUCCUUGUGCUGCUAGUGCAACUGUAUUCGGAUCUUCAAGAUUGACUUACAAAUCUCCUUUGACAGACAAAAUUCAACCACAGGAUGUGGCGCAGAUGUGCACAUUCUUCCUUGUACUCUCAGAAAAGGCUAGAAAGGCACUUGAAGGAAAAAUGGAUAAAGAAAAAACUCACAGUGUUGAAGCUACUACUGCUUUGUCCAUAGAAGGGAGGAAAGAUAGUCUGAAUGGGCAUGAUGCCCAUAAAACUUUGCCUGAUGAUGAUUUGAACAGGAACAAAGCAACGACAGAUAGAAGUACUGAUUCUGGGACUGACGGAUGUGUUGUGGAAGACGGAAGGCCAGCAUCACCGGAAAUUGAUUUGAUGUGUCAUGAACAAGAGAUGAUGUUUAUGGAAGUUGGGCCACCAACUGGGGUCGGAAGACUCUGUGGAAACAAAACCCAGCUAUCAUCUAGUGGGCAUGAGUGUUCAGAGGUUUAUGCAGAGCAAGAAAAGCUCAUCUUGAGCAGGUUUCGAGAUUUUCUGAAUAUGCUCAUCUUUCGUGGAAGCGCAAAAGAAACAAUGUAUUCUCCAUCGGCCAUGAGUAAAAUGAUGGAUCAACAAGAACCAGCAGAGGAAGAGAUCAUAAAUUCAGCGACUGAAUCGGGAAGUCAUGAGAAGGCUUAUAAUAAUGCUGUUGUAAAAUCUGCUGUUAUAGCAACUUCAGCUUCUAAUGUUAUUCAGCCUAAAAAGUCCGCAGCACCUGUUGAAAAUGGAAAAUUUAAUGCAGAGAAUAAGAGCUAAACACUGAGGAAAAAACAUUCAAAUAUAGCAGCAUCAUGUGCCUGUACAAUGAAGUAACAAUCUCCCAGUCUCCAGCUGUUCUUGAUGCGGUAAGAACUUGAAAUGUGCUUCUCGAGGAAUUAGUUAUUGAUUAUAGACUAAUAAUAAUUCUUUUAGACCGUUUUAUUUUAUUUAUCUGGUAGUAUAAGCAUAGUGAGUGUAGAGAUAAUUCAUUUACUUGUAAUUAUUUCCUGUAAAUAUUUGAAAAUAUUUUGUUUAACUAGAUAGAGCAGAUCUAUUUAUUCAAGUUUAACCCAUUAUUUUCUUUUUCA